AUGAGCUCAUCAUCACACGAAACAACCACCACUAGAACAAGAAGAGCAGCAGCAUCAAAUACAACCACAAACACUACUACUAGUACUGAAAUGGACUCUCAAAUGGAAGAAGAACUAGAAAUGCUUGUAGAGACCAACAACAGAGCCGUGGCACUGCUCGAAAAGGGAGACUUUGAGCCUGCGAUUUCUACCUUUGCCCGGGCCUUGACGUUGGCCCGAGCCACCAUGACCAAGAACCAGGCAACGCAAUCCUCAAACAAACUGGCAGCCGUCAGCUUUGACGAAUGCAUGGAACGAAGCCGCGCAGCACGAUUGCAAUUGGGCCAAAAGAACAAGGAUGUUGAGAAGGAAAGCGAAAGCGAACAAGAAACCUGUCACCUGACAGAUGGUUCCAAAGCCUUUUUGUACAACACGGCCAUGCAAGUCCAGAGCAGCGAUUUGCCUGCCACAACCUUUGAAUCCCACGUCUUCAUGUCGGUAGUUUUGGUCUUUAACGCCGCCUUGGCCUAUCAACUGGCUGGCGAUCAGUUGCUUCAAGAAGAUCUGAGCAAUGUCAUUUUUGUCCGCAAGUCCAUCAAAUUGUACAGACUUGCGUACAACAUUUACCACGAAGAAACUGUGGGAGCUUCUCCCUACUUUUGCAUGGCAAUUGUCAACAAUUUGGGAUUGCUUUAUCAAGAGAAUCAUUGCGGAGACAAGGCUGACAAGUGUUUCCAACAUUUGCUCUCCACUCUCAUGUUCUUGGUGGACUGCAAAGAGAACAUGGAACAUUUCGAAGGUUACUUUGAAAAUACCUCUCAUUUGUUCUUUCCAACGAACAAGCGACUUGCACCUGCAGCAUGA